AAAUACUCUGCUGAACUGUCCUCUAUCCCGUGCACUGUGUGCAGCUUCGGUUGCUAAGGAACCACCGAACGCAGGUGGCAUAAAGAUGAUGGUGGCAUAGUGAGAAAGCUGGUCUGGCUGGUUAGGUGUGGAGGGGACACCACAAACCACGCCAGGAUUGACUAACCUUUCCACUGCCCACAAUAAAUCUCCUCAUCUCCAUGUCUGUCCCUGGAUUGUAGCUACAAUUAUGGUGACACUUAUCACAGAGCAGCUCCGUAAACAGAGUUUGGAAGAGCCUUAUUACAAGGCUUUCUCAUUUAAUGUGAAUGCGUCAUUACCUGCAGUGGGCUCAAGUCCCACUGUCUCAUGGAGUGCUUGUAGAUCAACACAAGAGACCAGCUCAGCUACACACCCAUCAUCCAAAGCUAACCUUCUGGAUGAUUUCUGUGGACCAGACCCUCUAGGGCCUCCUUCCCGCUCUGGAGAAGCUUUCCAGAGUCCAGAGGUUUCUUUCACAGACGAGGUUUUCCAAAGCUCCCCUCCGCCACCACCUCCAAAACGCCACUGCCGGUCCCUCUCUGUUCCUGAGGACCUUUCUCAGUGUCGCUCUACCUGGCAUCCUAGUGCAUCCAAGGUUUGGACCCCAGUCAAACGUGGCUGCCAAAGUGGAGGAUUAUCUAGUUCAGGCUCUGCUGCGAGCUCUUUGCCACUUUGUGGUCCCAGUUCCUCCUUCACUUCUUCAUCCCUACACUCAUCUUCUAGCCCUACCUUCUUCAGCUUAGCACUGUCUGACUCCCCACUACCAUGGAGCUUCCCAUGGGACCCCUGUGACCAACUGAAAGGAACCUGUUCUGCCUCUUUUGCUACUCCUUCCUCCUGCUCCUCUUCACCGGCCCCUAUGGUUUCUCACUCAGUACUGCAGCGCCGAUUCUCCCUCUCCCCUGUGCACAUUCAUGGCGCCUCUUCUGUGCUCCUGCCCCCCCAUCCCUCCCCUGCUUCUGCUCUGACAUAUGACUGUUCUGGUGUGGAACACCCAGCCCUGUCUCCAUCUCCCACUUCUGCGUGUAGUACACCAUCCUCCUCUAGACGUGACCUGCACCCAGCGCUGCCGCGCUGCCGCUCGCAGCCCUGUGAUAUGCGCAGACCUCGCUUGAAGAGGCGCCGUGACCCAGAUGUUCUGCCCUGCCCUAGGCCAGGCCUUAACUUCAGCAAGAUGACACAGAUUGGUAAUCACGAGAGCCUCCUGUGUGGUACAGGUGUCUGCGUAGUUCCAGUGUCUUCCCAGUCAGAACAUCGCUCAGCCUUCUCCCCUGCAGACUUCCUGGGACGAGCCAGCAUUGGGCCACUGAGUGAAAGUGAAGAGGAGGAAGACGAGGAUAAAAGAGAGAGGACUGUAAUGGAUGGAGGACAAAAGAUUGUUUUUGAAAGGGACUGCACAGAACUGGACUUGAACCUUAUAGAAGAGAACUGACACUCCUUGGUGCUCCCAGUGUGAUUACUGCAUUCAUAACAAUGUUAAGCACACCUGUAGGCUUUGUGCGCUCUCCUGGCAGAGUCCUUGGGAACCUGCUGCCCUCCUAAGGCAUGUCAGAGUUCACAAUCAAGAACCAAGCAAUUAGAAGCUAAUAUCAACUUACAAUGUAAUGACUGUAAAAUUUGAGCUAGUUCAUUAAUUAACAUUUCAAAGGAAAUAUCAGAGUGCCUGCCUAUUCAGUGCUCCAUAGGGAAAUGUGCAUGAGUAAAUGUUUUCAUGCACACAGAAUUUGGCUAAUUUCAUAUUGAUAAAACUCUUAUUUGCUUUAAUCAUUGGUAUGCAUCUUGAUAUCUUUACAUAUCCUCAAAGAAUGCCAUAUACUGGAGUAAGCAGAAUGUGCUUAAUAUUGCCUCUAAGUGAUUUGAAUACACGCUAAAAGCAGAUAGUUUAUUGGGAUAGAGGUAAGCAUUCCUCAAUGCCCCAUCAGAUACUGAUGUAAUCUACUUAUGUUUUUCUCUGAAUUUGGACAUGACUGUAUGUGAGCUGUUUAAAGGUUGCUGCCAUGUGUAGGUCAAAAUAUUAGAGUAGCCCCAACAACAUAAGAAUACAGAUUUAUAU